AUGUCGAAAGGCUUCGAGUCCGAGGCGUUUGCCAUGGCUGGGGAGCCGGUCUCCAACAGCCGGGCAACGUCUGACUUCUACGACAAGAACGAACUCGCACGGCUUGGAAAGAAGCAGGUCCUCAGGCGUACAUUUGGUUUUAUGUCCAUCCUCGGCUUCAGCUGCACCAUUCUCAUCACCUGGGAGGCCGUCACCGUGCUGUUUUCCCAGGGGCUAAACAAUGGAGGCACAGCAGGCGUGAUCUACAGCUUUAUCGUCGUAUGGGUCGGAAACUUUAGCGUCUUCAGCACUAUGUGCGAGCUCGUGUCUAUGGCGCCCACGUCUGGCGGACAGUACCACUGGGUGGCCAUGAUGGCGCCUCGCUCCUGCGCAAAGUUCCUCAGCUACAUGACCGGCAUGCUUACCGUGGGUGGCUGGCAGGCUUCGGUGGCCUCGAGCGCCCUGCUGACCGGUGACAUGAUUCUCGCUCUCGCCUCGCUCAACAAUGUCACCUUUGAGCCGGCCUUGUGGCAGGGAACCUUGCUCUUUUGGGCCGUCUUCCUCUUUGCCGUCUUCAUCAACGUCCUCGUCAGUUCGACACUGCCCAAGUUUGAGGGCCUCAUCUUGAUCCUCCAUGUUGUCGGAUUCUUUGCCAUCCUCAUCCCGCUCGUCGUCCUCGGUCCCCACGACAGCGCCCAUAGUGUCUUCACCACCUUUGUCAACAACGGUGAGUUCGCAACAACUGGUCUGUCCUUUCUGGUCGGCAUGAUGGGCAACGCCUUUGCUUUUGUCGGUACCGACGCCGCUUUUCAUAUGUCUGAGGAGACGGUCAAUCCCGGCGUUGUCGUGCCCCGGUCGAUUCUCCUCAGUCUCGUCAUCAACGGUUCUGCCGGCUUCGCCAUGCUCAUCGCCAUGGUCUUCUGUAUGGGCAACUUUGACGAUGCUGUCAGCUCCGGUCCUGGCUUGCUCGGCUAUCCCUUCAUGUACAUCUUCCAGCAGGCUACUGGCUCGACUGCUGGGGCUUCCGUCAUGUCAGCCAUCAUUCUCAUCCUGGCUACCUGUGCCACCGUCGGCAUGCUCGCCUCGACGUCGCGCGUCUUCUGGUCCUUCUCCCGUGAUCGUGGAAUGCCUUAUUGGCGCGUCCUGUCCCGUGUCGACCAACGUACAAGCGUGCCCGUCUGGGCCGUUGGUAUCACCACCGUCAUCGCCGUCUUGCUGUCGCUCAUCAAUAUUGGAUCGUACAUUGCCUUCCAGAACAUCACCAGUGUUUCAAUUUCGUGUCUGUACAGCUCCUAUCUUAUUGCUGCCGUCCUGUUGCUCUACCGUCGAACCACCACCGGCUUUGUCAUGCCCGACAGUACUGAUAUGCCGGCCCUGGCUAAUACUACUGGCGCCAAGCUCGUCUGGGGCCCCUUUCGCGUUCCGGGUGUCUUUGGAGUUGCCAACAACGUGUUUGCCAUCUGCUAUCUCAUCGUUGUCGGAUUUUUCAGCUUUUGGCCGCCAAUGAUGAACCCUACACCCCAGACGAUGAACUACAGUGUCGUGGUGACGGGCGGCCUGGUCCUCUUCAGCUUGGUGUACUAUUUCGUGUGGGCCAGGAAAGAGUUUAAUGGCCCGAUUGUGGAGGCUGAAAUAGCCUUGAAUAGUGCUAGGCGAACACAGUAG